AAAGAGGUGCAUCAUGGGAAGUCUCCCGGCAGUCUAGGCCUAUAGCAGCAUAACUAAGGGAUGGUUCAGGACUCACCCAAGCCAGCCCUGAGGUUCCUUACGGUGGUGCUGGAGGCCAGGGCAAUGGCAUCUAGAGUUAUUAUAUCUUUAGAUAUAUCAGUGGGUAUCUGCCUAAUUCUGCUCUACAUGCAUUUGUUGGUGUUUUUCUGUGUAUGUGUAAAAUGUAUCUGCAGAAUUCUGCAUGUAAAGAUGGAGAUGUAAAGACUCAGAUGACUGAGGAAUUCAUACAAUUUUCUCUUAAUUGCAUUUAGAGUUCGUAGAGCUUUUUUAAAGUGCAUUCAUUGCCAUGUUGAAACUCCCUGAUGCUGUUAUGGUUAUACCAUGGUAGGUAUAACUCAUACUGUGUUCAAUGAUAUGAUUAUUUAUGGUAAACUGGUAUUUGUUCUCUAUAGAAGGUGGUGCAUUGAAUUGCAGGAUUGUUAGAGUACUUUGUUCGUUCCUUUGUAGAGUUUUUGAGGCACUACAUGGUGGACAAAUGUACACACUCAGAAUCCACACACUCAAAUACAAAUAAAAUAAACAACUUUACCAUGAAAAAUGGCCACAGAGAAGAGCUUGCAAUGCUAUCCAGUUACAGAUUGUGCUGAAAGAAGAGCUGUAUUCAAACAAAUUCACCUCUUUGGGCCAGUCAUCUUGUGUUUGCCUAAGCCACAAAAAAAGCACCUGCAUUUCAUUUAGAGAUUUGUUUGAAAAGGAACCACAACAUAUUCUUUCAUAAUGUGGUAUGAAAACAUUUCUCGGUUUUCUAAAGAUAGCUUUUAUAUUCCUUUCAGUGUAUUGUGCUGCAUGAUGGCUAUGAAUUUAGAUAAUAGAGGCCACCAUGUGUGCUGCUGAAUGCCUGCAAACACAUUCAUCAUCAAAUUAAGUCACAGACUUGUCGCCUAAAUGUUGAAUAAAACCUGCUGUUACAUAAAGCAGUUUAGGUCUUGUAGAGUAUAGAAUAUAUUUUCCCUGAGGCACUCAGGCAGAGUGUGUGGCUUUUUAUCUUUUCAGUGUCAAGUGGAGACUCAAGUGAAUAAGGCUUUUUUCUCGACAUCCUUUCGUUUCCUAAGGUUUUUUAUACUGUAGAAAUACAACAACCAGCCCUACGUAGGCUAAAAGUCAUCCGUAUCGCUCCAAUGCAAGACUAGUUUUGUUAUGUAUAUAAUUAGGCAUUAGUUAAGCCCUUCUUAUGUUUGUCAUCCAUUUUAUGUUGGUUUAUUUCGUUUUACAACAGCUGUGAAUGAUUUCGAGCACAUAGUACAAUACUGCCCGGGAUGUGUUUAUCUCAAAGUCACAAUGACAAUUUAUACAAUCUCUUACACACCAGCACCUCAUUACUGAGACAUGAGAAACGUCUUGUCAAGCUGUAUGUAAUUACACACAGACGUGAACACAACAGCAGAUAAUUCAAAUGAGAGCUGAGACAAAUAAAGAGGCUUCAGUAUCAUAAUGACCAAUCAACCUUGAUUUUACUUUUGCCAGUUAACACCUGGCUGACAACGUGAUGCCACGCAGAGCGCGAUGGUUUAAUUGACGUUAUCUGACAAUAUUGAAUCACAGUGAGAGGGUACUCCAAGCUUUUAUCUAAUCAUGUUCAACCAGUAGACAUCAUUUCAGCUUUGUCUGUUUAAGCAGAAGCAGCUACGUGCCUGGUGAAAUCUGGUGAAACCGUUCUUUUUUUUGUAAGGAUGACAAACGGAUGCUUUACGGCUGACUGCGCCCGGUGUUCUUCUCAGUGUUUAAAGUACAGAAUUAGCCAACAAUCAUUCAUUAUCUUUGAGAUACACGAAAACCAGACUCUGAGCUCUAAGAGUAUUAGGUUUCUCAACCACCCAAAUGUUAUGACCCAAUCAUAAUUCUGUUUCUGUAAGAGUUCACUUUGCAUUUUCUUAAUAUGAACAUUGUAUCUCUGGGAGGCCUGGUGAUGUGAACUGAUGUGGAAAAUGUGUUCACCUCUCCUACGCAGUUAUGCCUGGCUUAUUUCAGCUGUUCCUGUUUGAACUUUUCAACUUCCCUGCACUUUUUUUUUUUUUUUUAAAUCAAAAACUAUCAUGUCCACUUUUGACUUCCCGAAAUCGUUAUUCUCUCCUGUCAUUCUUUAAGUGCACAUUCUCAGCCAUGUUUAAGGUGAAUGUCACUUUUCUCUGAAUGUCACUUUCAGGUUCUCCAGCUUUAUCAUUAUCUCCAAACAAAACUACAUUGUUAAUCUCAACCAAUUUGAUUCAUUUGGUUUUUUUCUGUUUUUGUUCUUAUCAGUUUCCAAGUUGCAACACCUUGUGUGUGUAUUUUACUAUAUUUCUAAUCUCAAUUAUAACUUUGAGUGUUUCUGUGAAAGGGAGGCACAUUAGUAGGCCUGCUGAUAAGAAAUGAAACCAGGCCUCAGCAGCCUGCCUGUCGUAAUGUUUGUUUAACUGCCCUGCCCUUGUAGGUGGGAGGAGGAAAUUUGUGCGUGAGUGUUGGCUAACACUUUGCUCAGACUGAAGUGAAACCAUCCGACUGGACAAGGAGCUGCCAGGACUCUCGGGGAUCCCAGCUGAUCAUCAUGAAUGGGAAGAGAUGGACCGGGCUUGGGGCCACACACUGGGCCUUUGGGGAUAAGGCACUGAAUAUUUAAAAAGUACUGAAGAUUCCUCAUAUUUUCUACUGUGGAGUGUCCUGAAAUGAUACACCUACUGUGAUUUGGAGUUUCCCACCCACUGGAAUACUCAACUUAAAGAAUCAUUCCAGACAAAGUACUCAGUGUAGCCUCAGCUAUCUUGGAAAACUGCUCACCUCUGGAUCUUGGCUCUAAUCGCACAGACUGCGCCCAGCAGAACUGAUAAGCUGAAGAAAAAAAAUCAAUAGGCCUACCUGGAAAAUCAGAGCUCACCACUCCCUAACCAUGAGUGAGGAAAUAGCAGAAAAGAAGGACUGGAGGGAGCUUGAACCCAACUUACCCAUCAAAAUCUUCUUGACGGUCUUCUACAGCCUCAUCCUGGUGACGGGGAUUUGGGGUAAUUCAGUCACUAUCCGGGUGACACAGGUGCUGAAGCGUAACGGCUACCUGCAGAAGAACGUGACCGACCACAUGGUCAGCCUGGCCUGCUCGGACUUGUUGGUGCUCCUCAUCGGCAUGCCCGUGGAGCUCUACAGUGCUAUCUGGUUCCCGUUCACGUCCACGUCAGGCAACGCUUCCUGUAAGAUCUACAAUUUCCUGUUCGAGGCUUGCAGCUACGCCACCAUCCUCAACGUAGCCACGCUGAGCUUCGAGCGCUACGUUGCGAUCUGCCACCCGUUCCGUUACAAAGCCUUGGGUGGAAGACGCACCUCUGCCCUCAUCAUCUUCGCCUGGCUGGUGUCCGCGCUCGUGGCCGUGCCGCUGCUGGUUGCCACGGGGACGCAGGGCCACAUUCCCUUACGAGCGGAUACGCCCGUCCAGAACCUGACCUUCUGUACAAAUCUGAGGGAGCGCUGGGUGAUGUACAGGGUCAGCAUCUUUGUCUCUUUCAUCAUCUACAUGAUCGUGCUGAUCUGCGUGGCCUUCAUGUGCCGGGCCAUGAUCCUCGUCCUUCGGAAACCUUUAGGAUCCGUGGAUGGCGCCAUCAGCGGACCUCAGAGAGCACCCAAGCACGAAAGUUCAAAGGUCAAGGCAGCCAGGAAGCAGACCAUAGUUUUUCUUGGUCUCAUCGUGGGAUCCUUGAUGGUGUGCUGGCUUCCCAACCAGAUUCGUCGUCUUAUGAUGGCUGCCGUGCCCAAGUCCCACUGGACUAAUUCCUACUUCCGGACCUACGUCACUCUCCACCCUGUGGCCGACUCCUUUUUCUACCUCAGCUCCGUCCUCAACCCGUUUCUCUACAACCUCUCCUCCAGACAGUUCAGGGAGGUUUUUGUCCAGGUGCUGCGGUGCCACCUCACCAUUGAACACAUCAACAAGCGCACCGUGCAGAGCCCCCGCGCUGCCUCUGCGCGCUCCCUCCAGCCCCUGCUGUUAAAGUCAUUGCGUCGCAGCAGGGUGAACCGCCCCACCCCUGCACAAGAGAAAACCCCUCCCAUCCUUUCAACCUUUCAAAGUCAAAGUGACUCAGGAGUGGCUUCAAAUACUCAAACGUCUCUCGACCUGACUGAAGAGUCUGAUUCAAUUCUUAAAACAAAGAGAGAUGCACCAUCAGAGACUGAAGUAUAAUGUGCUGUACAAUUUAAUGCAACACUGUGAACAGUAAAAACAAACCAAGGAUGCUUGUGCUGUACCAUCAGAAACAAAUAUAGAUAUUCUUUAUCCACAGUAAUACAAAGUGUUAAGUAAGGAAUUUCAUUGACAGAUCACGCUCAGCUGACAAUUUGGCACAAUAGUAAGCUUGACGGGACUCCUCAACGAAAUCAAGUCAAAAAAUUAUUAUACGAAAGCUCAAAUAUUCAGUUAAGCAUGAAGACCCCACAGCUGGAGUUAAAGUUAAAGGUACCCAGUGGAGUUUUUGACCACUAGUGGUGCUAUGGAGCAUUGUUUUGAUGUGCGGGUCCUUGAUGUGUGCAUCUUGUGCUCUUCUAUAAUGCGCAUGGGGACACAUAUAUACAUACAUACAUCAGGGGAGGCUGGUCCACAGAGGCAGAGGAGGUUGCUCCUUCUCUAUUUUUGGCAAGAGGGAGAUCAAAAUAUAAAAAAGAGUAAUUGGUUGAAACAAACCAUUACCAAAUCUCAGUAUCAUUUAUAAAAUACAUUUUCUCUCUUCUUUGGAAAACAUCCAUUAUUGAAAUUCUGAUUAAAAUACUUCAACAGCGACACUUGCAGGGCAAGAGGGGAAAGGGCAGUCUUUGAGAUGGGUGGGGUAGGGGGCAGGGGAGGUUCUCAGAGGAGGACGGGCUCCUUCUGUCCUCCUUAGGGCGGGAUCUCAUAUAUCAAUUUAAUGUACUUCAUUUUUUCCCAUGCUAAUCUGUUAUUGGCCAAGACACGUAAAAUGAUGCUCCAAUGGAGGACGUCCUCCAUAACCAAUCAACAACCAGAAUACAAUAUUGACAUCACGUUGGUCCAUAAUUGUGAUAAUUUACAAAUUUCAUCUUCAAUUCUCUACCACUGUAUUGUAUGUAACGAACUGGCGGUAAAGUGAUAGAUAUAUUCAUGCAGUAGCAGCAUAUUAGAAAAUAAAUUUUAACGUGGAAAUUGCAAACUACUUUUAAACACCACUAAAAAAUUACAUUUUAUUUAUGCCUUUUCAACAGAAUACAAAUUUCCUUUUUUCAGAUUUACGUUUCCCUUUCCCUUAGCAGUAGCUAGCUAGCUAACUACUUAGCCAAUGCAACAAUUAGCUUGUUGUAGCAGCCCUGAAGGAUUGUUAAGCUAACGACGAGAAUGGAUUUGGACUGGAGCGGAUGGAGAGCUCCGUUCUGCUGGCGCAGCCUCGGGCCUCCCUGCCUCAGCUGUCCAGGCUGGACCCACGAUGGGACUACAGUGGUGUGCGGCGGCCCGACGUGCUGCUGCACUCCGCUCACCCUGGACUGGAUCCCAGUAUAGGCGAAGGACUGCUGCACGGGCUGCACGGCAUGGAGGAUGUUGCUAGCUGGAUUAUUGCUACAUUUGCGAGUGCUUGUGUUAACCGGCCACCUGCUCUGGAUCAGGUAUCUUUCAUAGUAGUGGGCAGUGGCUAAUCCUCAUAAUUCCCCAUGAUGGUCUUAACCAUAACCUGACACCUAGUGGCCUUAAGAAAAUUGCACCUACUGUUCUAGUAUGGGUUUUUACUAAGCAGCAACCUCCGGGUCUGAAAAACAAAACCAACAAGGAAGUGGCAAAAACUGCAGUUCCUCGAAUGGUCUCUUGAGGUUCACUCCAAAAGCGAGUCAAUCCCAUCGAUGUAUAAAGAGAACUGGAUACAGCGUCAGAGGCAGGGCUCCGUUCAUUCCUAUGAAAGCUGCUCAGUGGUGCAUGAAGCCAAAAAGUUUGAAAACCCGGAUCUUCCACAUAGCUUCCGCAUUGUGCUGCCCCACAGGAGCAAGCGCACUAGAGACUUUCGCCGCCGAGCCGGCUAACUUCCGGUUUAGGCCUUCGCUAACUUGAAUGGGGAUAAAGUAAUGCAUAAAAUACUUGAAUUGGAAGUAAGCUUUAUUUGUCUAAUUGGAAAUCAGGCCAGCUUGGAUUCAGCCAGCAAGUGGUCAUCAUCAGUCACCACACUUUUCUUCACAGGUGUUGAUCACUGGCCUGCUUCUUGUUACAUCUCACAUCCUUAGUAAGAAAUCUUGUAAGCCAUUGUUUUUACUGCUUAGUUUUUCGUUGAACAAAAGAGAGUAGAGAUAAGUAGCCAACUAGUGUAGAAUAACAUUAUGCUGUGGGCUAGUUUUCCUCCUGCCCUCCCCAAUUUUUUUUAUCAAUCACUAGCCACCACUGACAUACAUACAAACUGUACAUAUCAUAAGCACACGGGUAACACAUUAUACUUUCCCUCCUGCAGAGGGCGGAAUUGCAAAUGUGUAGUACAUACAACAAACCCCCAGGAACAGCACUCAGCUGUAAGGCAAUUUUGGCUUAGUGGCCACAGUUUGGAUAGCAGGUCACUUGACAUGCACUUGCCCCAGAAGACUUUUCCCCAUACACAUUCAUUACAAUAGAAAUGGCUGUAAAAUGAUGAAUAAAAUUUUCAAGCCUGAGUAAGGCUUUAACACUUUUUCAGUGUAUGCACCCAGUGAGCAACUUGCAUUGGAACCGUGAUAUUCUAUGCCUUGAGUGAAUAGCUAAUCAGAUGUCCUGAUGAUAUAAAUGUCUCCAUGUACAUGAGGUUGAUAUGUUGACUGACAUAAAAAAUAAACUAGUAUUAAUCUCCUGAA